AUGCCUGUGUUCAGUGGCCUGUUGAAGGUGCGAGUGUGUGAGGCUGUGGACCUGAAGCCCACCCCGUGGGCCCUGCGUCACGCCGUGGGGAAGAGCGGCUCCUUCCUCCUGGACCCGUACCUGGCCCUGAACCUGGACCAGACCCGACUGGGUCAGACCGCCACCAGAACAAAGACCAACAGCCCCGCCUGGCACCAGGAGUUCUGCACGGAGGUGCGCGAGGGCAGGAGUCUGGAGCUGUCGGUGUUCCACGACGCGCCCAUCGGCUAUGACGACUUCGUGGCCAACUGCACCAUCCAGCUGGAGGACCUGCUGCAGAACGGAACCAGGCACUAUGAGGACUGGAUUGACUUGGAGCCAGAGGGAAAGGUGUACGUGGUCAUCGAUCUGUCCGGAUCCUCCACCGAGGCCUCAGGUACAAACGAGAAUGAAGAGCGAGUGUUCCGCGAGAGAAUCGGGCCUCGCCGGCGGCAGGGUGCCGUCCGAAGACGGGUCCACCAGGUCAACGGGCACAAGUUCAUGGCCACCUACCUGAGACAGCCAACCUACUGCUCACACUGCCGAGAUUUUAUUUGGGGUGUGCUGGGGAAGCAGGGAUACCAGUGUCAGGUGUGCACGUGUGUGGUUCACAAGCGCUGCCACGAGCUCAUCAUCACCAAAUGUGCGGGGAUGAAGAAGCAGGAAGACACGGCGGAAGAGGUGGGUUCACAGCGCUUUAGUGUUAACAUGCCCCACAAGUUCAGUAUCCACAACUACAAGGUUCCCACCUUCUGUGACCACUGUGGCUCCCUGCUGUGGGGCCUCAUGAGGCAGGGAUUACAGUGCAAAGUGUGUAAGAUGAAUGUGCACCGGCGAUGUGAGACCAAUGUAGCUCCUAACUGUGGCGUUGACGCCCGAGGAAUCGCCAAAGUCCUCUCUGACAUGGGAGUCACGCCGGACAAGAUCUCCAACACAGCACAACGCAGGAGAAAGCUGACUCCAGGGCAGGACCCUCCCCAGUCUCCUCCUGAUCUCUCCCAGACGGAGAACAGCUUCAAUCAGCCAGCUGUCCCCACCUCCCCCUCGCAGCAGGACUUGGCAGAGUUAGAUCGCCUGCAGGACUCGCUUUCACUCGAUCAGCAGGGACCCCAGCACUCUCCCUCCUCCUCCACCAACUCCUCUCUGUCGUCGUCCUCCUCCUCUGCGCCCAAGGAGAACGGACAGAGCCAAAGAAGGAACCUCAAGGACUUCAGUUUCAUCAAGGUUCUCGGCAAGGGCAGCUUUGGCAAGGUGAUGUUGGCGGAGCUAAAGGGCUCAGAUGAAGUUUAUGCCGUCAAAGUCUUGAAGAAGGACGUGAUCCUCCAGGACGAUGACGUGGACUGCACUAUGACUGAGAAGCGCAUCCUGGCCCUCGCCCGCCGCCACCCCUACCUCACCCAGCUCUACUGCUGCUUCCAGACCCGGGACCGUUUAUUCUUCGUUAUGGAAUAUGUGAACGGAGGAGAUCUAAUGUUCCAGAUCCAGCGAUCCAGGAAGUUUGAUGAGCCUCGCUCUCGUUUUUACGCCGCAGAAGUCACCUCAGCCCUCAUGUUCCUGCACCGUAACGGAGUCAUUUACAGGGAUUUAAAGUUAGAUAACAUCCUCUUAGAUGCAGAGGGUCACUGUAAGCUGGCAGACUUUGGGAUGUGCAAGGAGGGAAUCAUGAACGGGGUGACCACCACCACCUUCUGUGGCACGCCUGACUACAUCGCUCCCGAGAUCCUGCAGGAGCUGGAGUACGGGGCGUCUGUGGACUGGUGGGCUCUGGGGGUGCUGAUGUAUGAGAUGAUGGCGGGGCAGCCUCCCUUUGAAGCCGAUAAUGAAGACGACUUGUUUGAGUCCAUCCUCCACGAUGACGUCCUGUAUCCUGUGUGGCUCAGCAAGGAGGCCGUUUCCAUCCUGCGAGCGUUCAUGACAAAGAACCCGUCCAAGCGCCUGGGCUGCGUGGUGAGCCAGGGCUGCGAGGAGGCCAUCAAGACCCACGCCUUCUUCCGAGAGAUCGACUGGGUCCUGCUGGAGCAGAGAAAAGUGAAACCGCCCUUUAAACCUCGGAUUAAGACAAAGCGAGAUGUGAAUAACUUCGACCAGGACUUCACCAAGGAGGACCCCGUGCUGACGCCCACAGACGAGGCCAUCAUCCGACAAAUCAACCAGGAGGAGUUCAAGGACUUCUCCUACUGCGCUCCCGAGGAGACGCAGACCUAACACACAGACCCCCCCACCUCCUUCCGAUUCAACAACUCUAAACCCGGCAUGCUCGUGCACACACAUGCUUACACUCUGUAGAACCGUGAACCCAUUAAACAGCUCACACGGUCACUCCUGUACUUUAUCGCUAUUGGUUGUUACUUUUACAAUAUUAUUUACACGCAUUGUGUUGUUCUCGUUGCCUGGGUUUAUUAUGAAUAUGAAGAUAAAUAUGAGUAUGCACACGCUCUCUCACACACACACACAUUGUCCCCGAUGUGCACACCAACACUUGUACUUGCUCUCACACCCACAAGCAAACACUUACACCGCUUUACCGCUUCUUUGUCUGCACCUCCGCGCGUGUGGAGUGAAGGUGCUAAGGCCUGUACAUAGCCUGUGUCGAGUGGCUGUAUCGUGUUGUCUGCCAGUAACGGAGCGUUGUGGCGCAUGGACAAACACCCUAUCUGUUUUAUUACUGUCCCUUAUUGUGGACCAGUUAGGGCCAAACCCCCUUUGUGCAAUACGUUGACUAUCUAUAUAUUUUAUGUUUUUUUUGUUUUUUUCUCCUCCAAAAACAUAUACUUUUUGGGGGUGGAUUUGGGUGAUGAUAGAGUUGUUUUCACUGUCACACACUCUUUCUCCUCCUAUCAUGUGUAUAUAAAGUGAAUGUUACAGGCUAUUGAACUAAUUAUGUGGAGCAGAGUGUUACGGGCGGCCUGUGUAGCAGCGAAAGUCAAGCUCUUUCAUCCACCUGUCACUGUCGGGGGAGUCCAUGACUGUUCUGCAGGUGUGAAUGUGUCGGCCUGCGCGCGUGUUACCGUGAAUGUAGAUUUUCGUGUGCAUGAAUGUGGGAUAUUUUUUUUUAAUUAUUAUUUUUUUUCCUUACCUGUUUUGUGGAAUUAUUUGGUCUUCAGCAUUUCUGUUUCUAUAGCGACCUUCUGUGUUCAAAUCCCCCCUCUAUUUCCUUUGCAUCCAAAAUUCUACGGAGAGAAAAUAGUCUCACUGGAUUUGUGUUUUUGCAAUUCUGGAUUUGUAACUUAUAUUUUAUGUGUGGAACUGUGUGUUCUUGUAUACACACAAAUGUCAAAAAUAUAUAAUUAGCGCAACUUCUCGACACCCAUAGAGCGGAGAAACAAGAGAGCGAUUAGUUCUGGAAAACACUUUUUUUAUUUUAAUCUUAACUAUUGGGGCAUAUAUGUUCAUAAAAGUUAUUAUUCACAAUCUAUUUCUUAUGAGAAAAGUCUGAUUUUCCAACAUUCUUUAAACACAUCAUCUACACACAAAUCUGAGGACGUGAAAGGUGUGGUUUUGUGUGUAUCAGCCGAUUUACAUCAUAUUUAGCUUUAAUAAUUUCAAGUUGUGCAUGCAUUAAUUGUGUUGUGCAUUUGUAUGUUUUUGAUAUUCAACUGUACAUGUGAAUACACAAUUGCAAAGACACACAGUUAUGCGCAAAAUGCAUUUUAAGAUUUAUAAAUCAAGAAUUAAGCACACACAAAUACAAAAUUACACACAAACAAACAGGCAGACACAAGUUACAAAUCGAGAAUUGCACACAGACAAAUCUAACGUUACAAACAGUUUGCACAAGUUACACAUCAAGAAAUACGCACUGACACAAAUCCCGUGAGUCUAUUUUCUCUCCAUAAAUCCGGACUUUCCCCUCAUCAGAUCCAGCCAAAAGCAUUAGCUUUUUUCAAAGAAUGGCUAUUCUUUCACAUUGCUUUCUCUUUUUUAUUAUCAUACUAUUAUCAAUCUUAUUAUUGUAAAGUGUAUCUGGACAAAAAUCUUUAUGUAUAAUACAAUAACUAUUCCAUUAUUGGUCUGUUACAGCCGAUCUUUAGGAAUUGUGGUGAACCAGCAGUUACGUUACCUCUCAUCUCAGACACGUCUCUCCUCUUCGCCCCCCUCCCACUCACUGUCUCCCCCACGAACACAUGCACUCGCAGAGAAGGACUGUUGAGCAGUGAUCUGAAGACGAACCGGUUGCUGUUUGUGCAGUUGAGUCGGUGUGUAGUGACGCUUUGUGCACCCAGGGGUAGAGCUGUUCCUGGUCACACUAUCUUACUCUGUGCCAAAAUGUAGUGCAACAGCCAGGCCACUCCUGCCUGGUCUGAUUCCAAUAAAACACUGAGCUGUCGACAUAAA